AAACACAGACUUCAAACUCAAGGCAAAGGCUACCCAUGCUGCAUGGAGAAGGAAGAUGUUCUGAGGUACAGAGCACACAAGGGGAUCGGUGUGUGUGUGUAGCUGGGGAUAUGGUGCAGUUUUACAGGGAAGGAAUAAAGAAGAGGAAUAAUGUCAUUAGUUAAUGGGACAAACAACACCUUUCCAGAAGAUGUCAGACUGGCUUUGCUUUCAAUCUACAGCCUCGUGUUCAUCAUCGGUACACUGGCAAGCACGGCCACAGCAGUGAGCAUUGUAAAUUCCAAUGUGCGGUCAGUGACCACUAUGGCUGUCGUCAACCUCAUCUUGGUGCAUUAUAUCUUCCUUCUGACUGUGCCCUUUCGUAUCCACUACUAUGUGGCUCGCCAGUGGUCAUUGAGUUAUUCUUUCUGCAAGGUGGUCAGUGCCACCAUCCAUGGACACAUGCUCAUUGCCUUCAUCUUCUAUGUCAUCAUCCUUGUCAUCCGCAACAUCAGCUACUUCAAACGAGUUGACAAGCUAGAGUUCUACCGAAAGCUGCAUGCCCUGGCAGUGAGUGUUACCAUCUGGAUUGUCAUCAUCAUCCUCAUACCUGUGACAUUUCACAUGUAUGGCACGCAGGAAACAAACAACAACCAAUGCUUCCAUUUUGGACAAGAGGUAAAGAAUAAGUACAAAGCCAAAGUCCUGAACUAUGUGAUCAGCGGGGUGAUCCUUCUCACUGUGUCUGGGCUGACAAGCUGUCAGGUGUACAUUUUAGGCCGAGUUCUGUGGAAGCACAGGAGCACAGCCUGCAGCCACCAGGAGUUCUGGGCCCAACUCAAGAGCCUUCUCUUCAUCUUGGUGAUGCUUGUGUGUUUUCUGCCCUACCACAUGUUCAGAAUAUACUAUGUGAGCAACUAUGACAAGGCAAUGGAGAACAAGAAUGAGGUGUUUCUGGCUAUGACGGCCCUCAGUUGCUUUGAUAUGCUGAUUUUCUUAGGAAAGAACACUUGUAUCACCUGUUCAGUAAAGCACUGCAUUUGACUUGAAUUUUAAUGAUCAUUAUGCACAGAGAAAAUGCAGACCUUUUUCAAACAAGCAACAUAUUCCAGGGGCAGCUUCUGAUACUUGAACUUUAUGAUACUACAUUUAUUCAUAAUAUCUAUAAAUACCACAACAUAUUAUGAUUCCUACACUUUACUUUGGUGGUUUCUACAAAGCUGGACUCCUGUUUUAGCUAUGGUUAGCUGUGCAGACAGCCAGUACGUUAGCUUAUCUAAGUCAAUAUACUUUUGCAAAACAAGCAUUUUGUUCUUGCUGGUACCCAUAUUGCAGUACUCCCUACUCUAUAGACAUGAGAACUUAUUCCACAUCUCAAACGCAAGCAGCUUGCUGAAGACUUCCGAUUUAACCUUUAAAAUAAAUUCUUGCUGAUGUACCAGUGAAAUGACACCAAGAGUAUUUUUAUUUUCUGGACACAAUCCAUCAGUUUAUUUGUUCUAAUACUGUUAGUCUGCAUGUGGAGGCAGCAUGGUAGGUUAGCAGGAAGUGGUAGCAGGUCUCCUGUGCUGUGGUUUUGGUUCUAUGUGCUGUAGCUGCUCUGGUUUAUCCACAUAUUCCAAAAAAGAGUUCUCGGUCCAAACGUGACUGAGAAUGGCUUUUACUAAGUGUGAAUAGGCUGGGGGGAGUGUG